CCUUCUUUCUCUCUGGCCGCAGGCAGCCCCUUGCGCCAUGGCUCCGCCCAUCGCUGUCAGGGUGCUCGACCGCUGCCGCGUCGCUCCUCCGCCGGGCUCGGCUCCUCCCACCUCCCUCCCCCUCACCUUUUUCGACAUCCCAUGGCUCCUCUUCCCCCCCUUCCAACCUCUCUUCUUCUUCCAAUUCCCCAUUCCCACCUCCCACUUCACUUCCGCCACUCUCCCUAAGCUCAAACACUCCCUUUCACUUACAUUGCUGGAGUACUUCCCCUUCUCCGGCCGGAUAAGCAAUUAUCCGGAGUCCGAAACCCCAGCAAUUGUCUACGCGGAGGGGGACUCCGUGGGGAUGACCGUGGCGGAGGCGGACGGAGAUUUUGAUAAUUUCUGCGGGCACCAUUCGAAGGACGCCUGCGAGUUCCAUCAGCUCGUCCCUCGAUUGUCAGAAUCCGACGAGGUUCCUAUGAUGGCGGUGCAGAUUACAGUGUUCAGCAACGCCGGCAUCUCCAUCGGCCUCGCUCUCCACCAUGCUGUAUCCGACGGGAGGACAUUCACCAAUUUUAUGAAGACGUGGUCUUCGAUUUACAGAAAUGGUGAAAAGUCCCUCCCAAAGUCUUUCCCUUUGCCAUUCUACGAUAGAAGCGUUAUCAAAGAACUAAAGGGGCUGAAAGAAAUAUUCUUACAACAAUGGAGAAAGCACAAAAAAUACCUAAGCAAAACCAGUAGGGAAGACAGAGAAGACGACUCCGUCCGAGCCACAUUUGUGAUGAGUCCAAGAGAGAUGGAGAAGGUAAAGAAAUGGAUAAUGGCUCACUGUAGAAGAAAAGGCAAACCUCCGCCGCCACUUCUAUCCGCCUACGUCCUCACCUGCGCGUUUGUCUGGGUUUGCCUCUGCGAGGCUCGCGCAGGCCGCGUCUCGACCGCGCCGCCCGACACUUGCUUCUUCGGCUUCAAUGCAGGCGGCAUCACCCGCCUGGACUACCCCGUGCCGGCGGCCUAUUUGGGCAAUUGCGUGGCGUUUGGGCGGGCGGUGGCGGGGAGGAGCGACCUGAUGGGAGAAGAGGGGAUAGUGGCGGCGGCGGAGGCGAUCGGGAGGAAGAUCAAGGAGCUGGACGGGGAGGUUUUGGGGGGAGCGGAGAGGUGGAUUUUGGAGUGGGAGGUGUUGACAGGAAGCGAGGUCCAUGUGGUGGUUCUGGGGUCACCGAAAUUGGAUCUCUAUGAGGUAGAUUUUGGAUGGGGGAGGCCCAGGAAAAUAGAGGAGGUCUCCAUUGAUGAGAUGAAAUCAGGUAUUUCCCUGACUGAAAGUAGAGACAUCAAAGGUGGGAUUGAGAUUGGAUUGGUUCUUCCAAAUGAUCAAAUGGAUGUUUUUGCUUCUCUUUUUCAUGGAGGUCUCAAGGUUCUUCCUUAAUGGAUUUCCUUGGAGGAAUUUUAAUUUUAAUGAGAUUUUUCACACAAAUGCAUUAUGUAUGUUUUUUUUUUUUUUUUUUAUGCUAUCGUGUAUCUGUGAGAGUUCAAUGAAUUUAUCAAAAUUUCCUUUGCUGAAA